AUUAUAAUGAAUAUUGUGUGCACUUAAUUGUACAUGAACUUUAUAUUUUAUAAGAAAAAUUAAAAUAAUAAUUUUAAAUAAAGAUCUGACUUAAACAAAUGGAUGAAAUUUUGAAUGAGCACCAUAUCACUAAUCAUGAUGGUGGGAGCACAUCACGUGAUCAGUUAACUUGCUGCUCCGCUUGUCGCGCGAGUAACCGUGGCCAGCCAUUUUGAUUAGUAACAUGGCGUCAGCGGAGAUUAAUAUGGCGUCCUCGGACAUAAUAACCGAAGUGGAGAUUCAACCAGAUAUCCAAGAGGUUGAAAUAGAAACAAUACCAGUAGAAAUACCCUGUGAGACUGUGGAAACUACAAUCGAAGGAGAAGAUGGGCAACCGAUGAUAGCUCUUCAAACUCUUCCAGAGCCAGGACGCGAAGAAAUCAUACUACAGACGCAAGAGGAAAUCGUCGGUAGUGAUCCACUAAGCGUAUAUGAUCAAAUCCCAGUUCCAGAGAACGAUAUUUAUGUCGAGUCAAGCCCUGGUCCAUCGAGGAAGGGUCCUAAGAAGGCCAGAAAAGGUGGUUCGUCGAAAUUUAAAUCGUCUGAUCAUACGAUUUUUGGGGAAAUGGGCUCAGAAACGAAGGCUAGAAAGUGGGAGCAGAAGCAAGUGCAAAUCAAGACGCUCGAAGGUGAAUUUUCGGUGACGAUGUGGGCAUCGGGUACUGACGACGGGAGUGUCCUAUUAGCUCCUCACCUGGUGGAUGUUCCAGAUGAAGGCUCAAAUCCAGAGCCUGAUCCAGACUACACAGAAUACAUGACUGGUAAAUCCAAUGCCAAAUUCAAUCAUUCUGGAAGCUCCAUUUCUGAUGGAAUGCCAGGUCUUGACCUUUCGGAUCCCAAACAACUGGCAGAAUUUGCUAGGCCGGGCCAUAAAUUGAAAGUACGCAAACCACCUGUUCUAGAUGGUGUUGAACGUACUAUAGCCUGUCCACAUAAAGGAUGCACAAAAAUGUUCAGAGAUAAUAGUGCAAUGCGUAAACAUUUACAUACUCAUGGGCCAAGAGUGCAUGUAUGUGCAGAAUGUGGGAAAGCUUUUGUUGAAAGUUCUAAGUUGAAAAGGCAUCAAUUAGUUCAUACAGGAGAAAAACCUUUCCAGUGUACAUUUGAAGGAUGUGGUAAAAGGUUUAGUCUGGAUUUUAAUCUUCGUACACAUGUUAGAAUUCAUACAGGAGACAGACCUUAUGUUUGCCCAUUUGAUGGAUGCAGCAAAAAAUUUGCACAAUCAACAAAUUUAAAAUCACAUAUAUUAACACAUGCAAAGGCUAAGUCACGUAAUGCUAUUGGAAGACAAGUACAACAAAUUCAACUUCAACAACCUCAAUUUGUACAAGUUGAAGUUGCAGAUGUGGAUAAUCAACAGUUCAUUGUUUAUGCUGAUUAGCCCCCCUAAACAAUGAUCUCAUAUCCUAUAAACUUAUUAUGAAAUAUCGUAAUCAUUAAUUAGUAACCUAAACAGUGUAAAUAUUUUCAUGAUAUAAGUGAUGCGGGCAGGACAUUACUAAGCUGUUAGUUAUCUUAAGAGAAGAAAUUAAUUAAUCAAUUUAUACCUCUGUGCUUAGACGCAAAGUAAAUGGAUAUCACAAGCACUAUACUACCUACCUAUAAAAAAUAAAAUAAAAUUACACUAAAGAAGGUAGUAUAUCUUCUGAGACAUAUAAAGUAGAAUAUGGCGCACUGCUCAAUCUCAUGUUUGAGACACACUAAAUGAUACUUAGUGCGCACUCGUAAUACAACUGUAUAUAUUUAUACGUAAAGUAAAAUAUUGUAUACAGUAUAUUUUGGAGAAAUUCUGAUGAGAAUAAACUACAAAAUACGUCUUUUCCGUCGGA